GCGGAAGGCGGCGGCGACGGCGGCACCUGUGAGUGGAGGCUGGGGCAGGGCAUGGUCGCGCCCGCCGCGCUGUGAGAGCGGAGCGGCCGCUGGGUCCGCCAUGCGCCCGCGGCGCUGACAUGGGCGCCAGCGGCUCCAAAGCUCGGGGCCUCUGGCCCUUUGCCUCCACCACUGGGGGCGGCGGCCCUGAAGCGGCAGGCGCUGAGCAGUCUUUGGUGCGGUCUCGAACCCGAGCGGUGCCCCCCUUCGUAUUCACGCGCCGCGGCUCCAUGUUCUAUGAUGAAGACGGGGAUCUGGCUCACGAGUUCUAUGAGGAGACAAUCGUCACCAAGAAUGGGCAGAAGCGAGCCAAGCUGAGGCGGAUACAUAAGAAUCUGAUUCCUCAGGGCAUCGUGAAGCUGGAUCCCCCCCGAAUCCACGUGGAUUUCCCUGUGAUCCUCUAUGAAAUGUGAGCCUGUGGCAUGGCAGACACAAGCACCCACUGCCCCAGCAAGAAACUCCCAGGCUCAAGGUGUAGCUUCCAUUCAGGAGUCCAGGCUGGUGCCACAACCCUGAAUAAACUAAACUCCGUUGGCCCAGAA